AUGGCCACGAAUGGCACCACCAAUGGGGGCCCUUCCGGAAACGGAGCCCCUGGCAACAGCAGCAGCAAUCCGCGUCCUCCGUCGCAGACCACUGUGAUGACCGCCCUUGAGAGGCAAAUCGAGGAGAUUCGGAGCGCUGUUGCAGCCAUUCGGAGCCACGCCCAGCCGUCAACGAGCCAGAACGGAGCGAAUGGGAACGUGACCAACAGCAUGAAUGGUGGCACAGCCUCGAAUCGCAGCCUCCAGAACGCAACCACCAGCGCCCUGCCCGUCUCCUCCCUCGCCCUCAACGCGCCCACCACCCUCACCGCCCCCAACACCUCCACGGCACGAGAGCUUCCGCCGCCCGUUCCUCCCACCGACCUCCCACCCCAUCUCAGGGCGCCUCCGGCCGGAUUUCAAGCAACGGGGCUGACUAGGCCCGCGGGCUGGACCCGCAACAUGAAUACCGUGGCCAUCCGGAUGCUUGAGACGCAAUCAGUCGACCAGGUGCACGCCAAUUUCGCUGGUUUGAAUGACCGUUGGGCCGACCAGGACGAAGUGCGGGACCAUUUGCAAGCGUUGCUGGAGCUAUACUGGGGCGGGAUUUAA